AUGCUGCUUCGAUAGAUCGUCAGUCUCUAGUGAAACAUCUUCCUCGCUUGCGGUCACAAUGGAGUACACCGACGUAACCGAUCCGGAAUAUCUGGCCACCAGAGCAGAGUUUAACGAGCCGGAUUGCUUCUGGGUGAAACCGACUGAUUAUUCCAUGGUCCCCAACCAAGGCCAGGAAUGGAAACCAUUGCCUUGCUUCUUGCCCAAAGAGUAUGCGAGCAUGGCGCAAAGGAUCAAAAAUCUGCAGGUUAAGCCAGAAGAUGUUUGGAUUGCCUCUUACCCAAAAAGUGGAACAACUUGGACCCAAGAAAUGAUGUGGCUUAUUUGUAAUGAUUUAGAUUAUGCAGGAGCGCGUGCCGUCACACUAGAUGAGCGUUUCCCUUUCUUGGAGAUUGGCAGUAUUAUUGGCAAUGACAGUGUGAAAGAGGUAGAGGAAAUGAAAUCACCAAGAUUCAUUAAAACACACUUGCCGGUAGCGUUAAUUCCUGAUCAAUUUUGGACUGUGAAACCGAAGCUUGUCUACGUAUACCGCAAAGCCAAACCAGUUCCAGUUUCGUUCUAUCACCAUUACCAAACACUGACAGGAUAUCGUGGAACCAUAGAGCAAUUUGUAAAGUCUUUUAUCAAUGAUAGGAUUAUGUUCUCUCCGUAUCACGAGCAUGUACUCGAAUAUCACGCAUUGCAAGGAUUGGACAAUAUUUUAGUGAUCAACUACGAAGAUAUGAAAAAGGACCUCAAAAGCACGGUCUUCAAAGUGUGUUCCUUCUUCAACAAGACGUAUACAGAAGAUCAAAUUCAACAGCUGUGUAAACACCUUUCGUUUGACUCAAUGAAGAACAACCCAUCAGUGAAUUAUGAUCACUUGGUGAAACAAAUGCUGAUGCUUUCCAAUCGACUCCACGAACGUGAUGAUGCUGAUAGAAAAUUCAUUCGAAAAGGAGAGGUCGAUGGAUGGAAGAGUGAUCUAACAGAAGAUUUAGCCAACAAAAUAGACGAAUGGACUCGAAGCAAAAUAAAAUCCCCGGAACAACUGAAGUUGUUCCUCUGAGUCUUGAUAUUAGAUAGCGGGUUUUACCUCCUUGAUGUAUAUCUGUUUCUAUGUUCUUUUAUUAGCAUGAGCCCCACAUGAAAAUUUAAAAAUAAAUGGUGUUCCCUUCACAGUUUUAUGGCCGAUAA